AUGCACUUCAAAGCUGGGUUGCAAUGGGAGAUCACUUCAAUGCUGACAUUCCCGACAGACAUUUGUGACACCGAUCCUGCAGUACUCAGCUGCAAGGAACAUCAUUUUGGUGAUUCCCAAACCAGUCGCUCACAUUCUUCAGUUGGUUCCCGGGCACACCUGGAACAUGGUUCCGGACCACAUCUUUUCAUCCCACUAUAUCCAGGAGAUCCAUCCUGGAUUGUAUCCGACUAUGAUACUCCAUGGUGGAUGAGACAAACUGCAAUCCUGAAUGAACCAUGGCAAUGGGAUCGGGUAAUGACUUGCUGUAUCUUUCACUACCAGCAUUGGCUAGGUGGUGUUGAGGAUGAUGGUCUCACUCUUCCAGAGCAGGUGGAUCAAACCUCGGUUCCAGCACUUAUGGGACUGAGGUGGAUUAGAGAACACCUCCUGACAUUGCUUGAGGAGCAACAGGCAGGCAUCCAUGAUAAGAUGGCAGAGAUGCAGAUGUACACCACCAUCCUAGACAGAUUGAAGAUAGGCAGAGGAGAGCAGCCCUAG